UUGGCUUGCGCGUUACACACGGACGGAGUUGUGUGCGACAGUAGCGUGGACGUCUGUAUUUUUAUCAGUAAAUCCAAAAUCACCAAUUUCCUUUUAAAUGGCUGCUAAAAGCCAAAUAUGCUCAAUAUGGCUUGGAUCCGAAACUGGAAUAUUAAAAGGGGUGAGUCUCAGCAAAAAGCAGGCGUUUAACUUCUGUGAGAUGAGCUGCUUGAGUCGGGAUCAGGAGGUUUGCGUGAUGGCAUGGGGAGACUCGCAUGAAUCAGAGGUGUUAGUGGGCAGUGUGAACGGCUCUGUGAAAACUUUCAGCACGGAUAAAGGGAUCUUUACUGCGACCAGAGAGUGUGGGGAUCCUUCACAGGGCAGAUUCACAGGACUGUCUGUCACGGACAGUUCUUUGAUCACGUGUGUGGAGUCAGGAUUGCUGAAGGUGUGGAAGGAAGGCUGUACAGACACAGUUGAGGUAAAUGUUGGAAAUGGAAUUUGUAGAAUGCAACAGAACCUGUCACAGCGCCAUCGUGUGGCUACAGGGGGUAAAGAGAACCCUCUGAAAGUCUGGGAUCUGGAGAGACCAGAAAAGCCAAUAUUCACAGCCAAAAAUGUAGCCCAUGACUGGUUGGAUAUGCGAGUGCCCGUGUGGGUGAAAGACAUCGGCUUUAUUCCAGAUUCAGAUAAAAUAGUCACCUGCACUGGACACCAUCAGGUGCGUGUGUACGACCCCUCGACGUCUCAGAGGAGGCCGGUGAUGGAGGCUCAGUUUGGAGAGUACCCGCUCACAGCGCUCUCUCUUCCUGCCAGCCAGGACACAGUGGUCGUGGGCAACACUCACGGGGAGAUUGGCAUUCUUGACCUCAGAAAAGGGCUUGUGCGUGGGUGUCUUAAGGGUCUGGCGGGGGCAGUGCGGGGGUUGCAGUGCCAUCCUUCCCUCCCAUUGGUGGCCUCUUGUGGUUUAGAUCGUUUUCUGAGAGUACACAGCCUGGAGGACCGUUCCUUACAACACAAGGUAUAUCUGAAGUCACGACUCAAUUGUGUGCUACUUUCUAGCAGAGAACUGGAGUCAUCAAGUCCUGAUGUUACUGGAGAUGUAGAGGAGGUGAAAGCAGAGGAGGAUGAGGUUUGGGAUACUAUGGAAACAGUGACGGAGAAGACAAAAAAGAGGGCUGCCCAAAAAGGCGAAACAGCGGUUAAUGGGGUAGAUGGAAAAAAGAAAAGAAAACUAGUAAAAACUAAUGUAAAGUGAUUUAUAAAGGACAUUUUUAUCAUUUUAUACACUGUUGAUGUCAUGUCAUGACUAAAACAUGUAUCAGAAGUGGCCAGAAAGAAACUUAAACCUGAUAGAGGAUAGUUCACCCAAAAAUGAAAAAUCUGUCAUUAUUUACUCGCCCUCAAAUUAUUCCAAACCUGUAUGCAUUUCUUUGUUCUGCUGAACACAAAAAAUAUAUAUUUUGAAGAAUGUCGGUAACCAAACAGUUCAUGGACCCCGUUGACUUCCAUCCGGGUUUUUUUCCCCUCCAUAUUAUGGAAGUCAAUGGGGCCUGUCAACAGUUUGACAUUCUUCAAAAUAUCUUCCUUUGUGUUCAGCAGAAGAAAGAAAUUCAUACAGGUGACAGAAUUUCCAUUUUUGGGUGAACAAUCCCUACAUACAUACAUGUGUAUGUAUAUAUAUAGUGUACAGGUCAUCAUUUUGUAAUGGAUUUGAACAUUAAAUGAUCUGAAAUUUGAUAUUCAGAUUACCUUUUUAAUAUGUGAAAAUGUUACAAUUCUAUUGAACUGGAUCAAAUGGAGCUGUUAUGUACAAACAAGAACAACUUGUCCCUUCUAUCACUGUAAUUCUGAAUUAAACUGAGUUGAAGGAAGA